UUAUAGUCGAAAAACAGAGCAGCUUCCCAAAUCCGUCGCUCCUUCUGCUUCUUCUUCUUCUUCAACUAAAGGACUCUCAAGUCAAACGCCAAGAUGUCUGAGAAAAAAAUAUCUUCGAGUCGUAAGCAUCAACUGAAGAGUUUGAUGCUCUCCAUCGCCAAAGGUUUACUGGAGGAGGAAGAGAGGGAGCAAGAGAGGGAGAGGACCAGGUACAUGGCAGAGACCUGUCCUUCUGUGUCCAUGCCCAGGAGCAUGCAGGAGCUGCAGGAGCUGUGCAAAGAGAUCCACCACAAGAUCGACGUGAUCGAUGAGGAGCGGUACAACCUGGAGUUCAAAGUCACAAAAACCAACAAGGAGAUAGACGACCUUAAGAUCAAAGUUCAGGACCUGAUGGGAAAGUUCAAGAAGCCCGUCCUGAGGAAAGUGCGAAUGUCAGCCGACGCCAUGCUGAAGGCUCUGCUGGGCUCCAAACACACGGUGAACAUGGACCUCAGGGCCAACCUGAAGCAGGUCAAGAAGGAGGCCAAAGAGGAGGAUAAGGAACUGCGUGACGUUGGUGACUGGCGUAAAAACAUUGAAGACAAAUCUGGCAUGGACGGGAGGAAGAAGAUGUUUGAGGCCGAGGCUUAAAUCUGUGUCUUUUCUACUCAAACAUAUUGCAGUAUUUUUAGCCCCUGCAUUUAAAAGGAAACCAUUCAUACAGAUCAAAACUAUUUUUUGAAACACUUUGUAGACGGUAGACUCUUUGAACUAAUAAACAGCUACUGAAGAA